UCUCAUUGAUUCCCGGCAGACUCUGCGUUGACUCCAAGGCCAACUGGCCAGUUCUAAAAGAGGUAACGUGAAGAAGUGUCUCUUGUUUGCUCGAACCCUCCCCUCCCUCUUUAGGUUUUUGGUCAGUUCUCAGACAAAGAUAUAGAAGGAAUCAUUCACAUUUUCCCCCUCCCGUAAGGGUGCACCCUUUUCUCUCCUCUCUCUCUUUCAGGUGGCAAAUUUAAGGAAUAAGAAGGAAAAUAUAUAAUAGAAACACCCAGGAAAGAAUCGAACUCUGAUUCUAUGCCAUCAACUGCACGCACACCAUGCACACUAUUCUUACCCUCUUUGCCACAGGAAGUGCUUUACCUUAUGUAGACAUUUCUCUGUCUGUGUGACUGAGUCUGCACUACAUCAGUCAUGGCUAGUUGUGCCCCUCUCUCCUCAGUUACCAUCACAACGCCUACUUCAUGCAGCAGGCCUCAGUGGUAGUGAGACAGACUGACCCCAGUCAGUUCGUCAAGAUGAUGGAACUUAUCUUCCAACAACAAGACAUGUUCCUGACUGGAGCUGUGAACAUGACAGAGCCACAGGUCCAGAAGAUGAUAGCAGAAUCGCUAAGUCAAAACUUGCCUGUGGACUACAACAGGGUAAUGGAGGGGUUCACUGAUGAAGUGGUGACCAGAGAAGCCCGCUAUGCCUGGAAGUAUGCUGCGUCUCGUGCGGUGACUGGCACCCCACAGUUUCUGGUGAAUGGAGUACACGUUCCGUCGGCUCCCAAUUACUCCGUCCUCGAGUGGUUUCAGUUUAUCAGUUCUCUCCUAGACACUCCUUACUGAUUACCUCAUUGUUAUUACCCCUUGGUUGAUGAUUUGGUUUGUAUAGCUUUUUGUGUGGAUUUUUCAAAUGUUUUUUUAAAAACGAAAUGUGAAAUUGGUGCGGGGAUAGGUAAAAUGAUUGUGAUGUGACUAGAGACUAUGGUGAAGGAGGAAAGAGCUGAUGGCAGUGGAUGAUGCGCCUGAGGUGAAAAAAAGAAAAAAAAACGCUGAGACAAGGAUUCGAACUCGGACACCUUAACUAGAAGUGCAC